UCAUUCACACUGUAGGAGCACAGGGGACUUCGCCAUGCCGUGAACGGGUCCGGCGGUGUGUCUCAAUUCCCGGUUCCAGAGCGGGAAGAAGAGACAGGGCGUGCAGGGGCACGCGCGCGCGCUCGCUCGCUCACUCACUCACUCGAGCGCGCGCUACACUCUUUCACCGCGGUCCACACGAGCGCCUCAAUCUCUCGCGCUCUCUCUCUCCUCCUCGCGCACUAACGGUCGGAGCGGGAAAGCUACAACAACACCCUCUACCGGAGAGAAUGAAACAGAUAGAUAGAGAGAGAAACAGAUAGAGAGAGAGAGAGAGAGAGAGAGAGAGAGCUCUUGGCGCUCCUCCUGGAAGAGAAGAGACUUGAGAGAAGUCAGAGCGAGUCCAGGAGACGGAGACUUGACAGAAAAAAAAAUUAGGGAAAACGGUUCGAGGACUUGACUUCAAGCUCUGAAAGAAAAGAAAAAAGAGAAAGAAAAGAAAGCGGACGCGUGUCCACAGUUUGGCGUUGGCCGCGGGGCUCCGACAUUCGCCGAAAAGCCUGGGGACAUGGAUAAAGUUUUAACUUGGCUGGUGACCGCGGUCGGGCUCCUGGUGUCGGCGCGGGGGCAGGUGUACAGAGGCGAUUGCAGCUUCGAGAAGCCGUUCGGGGCGUGCGGCUACAGCCAGGGACGAGAUGACGACCUUGAGUGGGAACAGGCCAACACCAAAGAAAAGCCUUCUGCCAACCAGUGGAUGCCUCCUGGCUCAGCCUUCAUGAUGAUGAAUGCAUCAGGCCGUUUUGCUGGACAGCGAGCCCAGCUGCUGAGCCCUCAACUUAAAGAGAACGACACACACUGCGUCACCUUUCAGUACCUGGUGUCUGGCAGGGAGGGGGGCAGCCCCGGGUAUCUCAACAUCUACAUCAAAGAGAACAACAGCCCCACAGGUCGGCCCGUGUGGAACAUUUCAGGGCCUGUUAGCCGGAGCUGGACCCAAGUAGAAUUAGCCAUCAGCACCUAUUGGCCCAACUUCUACCAGAUCAUUUUCGAAGCUGUGACCUCAGGCCAGCGUGGUUUUCUGGCUAUCAAGGAUGUCGUUGUCCAAGGCCAUCAGUGCAUGACGACGCCACACUUCCUCCAUAUCAAAGGAGUGGAGGUGAACGCAGGCCAGAUAGCCACCUUUCACUGCACCGUCAACGGAGAAUGGAGAGACUACUUUCACCUGUGGCUGCAGGGAAUCGGUGGACGAGAAGCUCCAAUGAAGGCCACCAAACCGUGGAAUAACCAGCGGUUCAUUGGUAUGUUCGACGUAGUGAACACCACAAAGCAGGACUCGGGUCGCUACCGCUGCAUAGUCCAUUCCACCAAGGGAGUAGGCGUGUCCAACUACGGAGAACUGACCAUCAAACAGCCCCCAGUGCCCAUCGCGCCUCCCCAGCUGACCGCAGUGGGCGCCACCUACCUGUGGAUCCAGCUCAACGCCAACUCCAUCAACGGGGACGGGCCGAUCAUCGGGCGUGAAGUGGAGUACCGUACCGUCUCAGGCACUAUGUACGACCUUCAGCCCGUCGACAAGGCGUCACACAAGAUCGGCCACCUUGCACCCGAUACCGAGUACGAGAUCAGCGUGCUGCUCACGCGCCCACUAGACGGAGGCACAGGGGCGCCCGGGCCACCACUCCGGGCUCGUACCAAGUGCGCAGAGCCCAUGCACGGGCCUCGGCAGCUGAGGGUAGUAGACAUUAAGGCCAGGCAGGUGACCCUCCGCUGGGAGCCAUUCGGCUACAAUGUGACGCGCUGCCAUAACUACAGUCUGACGGUGGAGUACAGCGCCCGUGGCACUGGGAAAGACGAGACCCGGGAAGAAGUGUCAUACGACAGCAAGAACUCCGCGCCUCAGCACACCAUCCACAACCUGACACCCUUCACCAACCUGAGCGUCAAACUGGUGCUGCGCAAUCGCGAGGGCGUGAAGGAGAGUGCCGAGAUCCACGUCCAGACUGACGAGGACGUGCCUGGCGAGGUUCCUCUGGACUCCAUCCAGGCCAGUGCGUAUGAAGAGAAGAUCAUUCUGAAGUGGAGAGAGCCUGCUCACACUUACGGAGUCAUCACCCAGUAUGAGAUCUCCUAUAAAGCUGUGAGCUCCUUUGACCCAGUGCUGGACCUCUCCAACCAGAGUGGCAAAGUGAUCAAACUGGGAAAUGAGACGAGUCACGUGUUCAUGGGUCUGUAUCCAGGCUCGACGUACUCGUUCACCCUCAGAGCCAGCACGGCUAAAGGCUACGGUCCCCCAGCCAUCACUCAGGCCACCACCAAGAUCUCAGCUCCUUCUAUGCCUACAUAUGAUCAGGAGACGUCUCUGAACCAGACUGACAGCACUGUCACUGUUCUUCUCAAACCUGCCCAAAGCAGAGGAGCACCAGUAAGUGUAUAUCAGCUGGUGGUGGAGGAAGAGAGGCCCAGGCGUGCACGAGGCGGUGAGGCAGAGAUCCUGCGCUGUUACCCCAUCCCUGUCCACUACCAGAACGCAACAUCACUCAACUCUAAGUACUACUUCACAGCAGAAUUCCCCUCUGGGGGCAUCCCGUCUCCUCUGCCUUUUACUGUGGGGGACAACAGAACCUACAGUGGCUUCUGGAAUGCACCACUGCUUCCCCACAAGAGUUAUAGUGUGUACUACCAGGCCGUCAGCACAGCUAACGGGGAGACUAAAAUAGACUGUGUGCGAGUUGCAACCAAAGCUGCUAUUCUAGUGACGCAGCUCACUACUCCCUACAUCCGUAUUGCUCCAGCUGCAGGCGACAACCAACUAACAGGGUCGGCAACACACAAGCCAAACGCGGUGGAGCCGGAGAAACAGACCGACCACACGGUGAAGAUCGCCGGCGUCAUCGCCGGCAUCCUGCUUUUCGUCAUCAUCUUCCUUGGCGUGGUGCUUCUCAUGAAGAAACGAAGAACCUAUCACUCCUACACUUAUUACCUGAAACUGGCUAAGAAGCGGAAGGAGACGCUGAGCAGCACACGGCAGGAGAUGACGGUGAUGGUGAACUCGAUGGACAAGAGCUACACGGAGCAGGGCACUAACUGCGAUGAAGCUCUUUCCUUCAUGGACACUCACAACUUGAACAGCCGCUCUGGAUCUUCUCCCUGCUCUCUAACAGUGAAGACAAACACACUGAGCACAACUCUUCCCAACUCCUAUUACCCAGACCCGUUUGUGCCCACUGCCAUCUUAGUCCCCAUUAAUGACGAGACGCAGACGGUGGCCAGCGACACGAGCAGCCUGGUCCAGUCUCACGCCCACGCUCACUCCACACACUCGAUGCACUCGACGCACUCGACGCACACUCACUCUCUACGGAAGCGCGAGGCGGCAGACGUGCCCUAUCAGACGGGUCAGCUCCACCCGGCCAUCCGCGUGGCUGACCUGCUCGAGCACGUCACCCAGAUGAAGUGCGCAGAGGGAUACGGAUUCAAAGAGGAGUACGAGAUCAAUGAGAGCUUCUUUGAGGGGCAGUCUGCACCAUGGGACUCUGCCAAGAAAGAUGAAAACCGGAUGAAGAAUCGCUAUGGAAACAUCAUCGCAUAUGAUCACUCCCGCGUGCGUCUGCAGAGCCUGGAGGGCGAGCAGAGCUCCGAUUACAUUAAUGCUAAUUACGUUGAUGGCUACCACAGGCCAAACCACUACAUCGCUACACAAGGACCCAUGCAGGAGACGGUGAUUGACUUCUGGAGGAUGGUGUGGCAGGAGAACACGGCCACCAUUGUCAUGGUUACUAACCUAGUGGAAGUCGGAAGGGUGAAAUGCUGUAAGUACUGGCCAGACGACACGGAGAUAUACCGAGAUAUGAAGGUGACGCUGAUAGAGACCCAGCUCUUGUCCGAGUAUGUCAUCAGAACAUUUGCCGUAGAGAAGAGAGGUGCACACGAGAUCCGCGAGAUCCAGCAGUUUCAUUUCACGGGCUGGCCGGAUCACGGUGUGCCGUACCACGCUACAGGCCUGCUGGGCUUCAUUCGCAGAGUCAAGGCCAAGUCAGCCGCCAACGCCGGCCCUAUCGUGGUUCACUGCAGUGCGGGCGCGGGCCGGACAGGCUGUUUCAUCGUGAUUGACAUCAUGUUAGACAUGGCCGAGAGGGAGGGCGUGGUCGACAUCUACAACUGUGUCCGAGAGCUACGAUCUCGCCGGGUCAACAUGGUUCAGACCGAGGAGCAAUAUGUCUUCAUCCAUGAUGCCAUUCUGGAGGCGUGUCUUUGUGGUGACACCACCAUCCCUGCUAAUCAGCUCCGUUCCGUUUACUACGACAUGAACCGAUUGGAUCCCCAAACCAACACCAGUCCGAUCAAAGAGGAGUUUAGGACGCUCAACAUGGUGACCCCCACACUACGCGUGGAGGACUGCAGCAUCGCCCUUCUGCCACGGAACCAUGAGAAGAACCGCUGCAUGGAUGUGCUGCCUCCUGACCGCUGCCUGCCCUUCCUCAUCACCAUCGAUGGAGAAAGCAGCAACUACAUCAACGCUGCACUCAUGGAUAGUUAUAAGCAGCCGUCUGCGUUUAUCGUUACCCAGCAUCCUUUGCCAAACACAGUGAAAGAUUUCUGGAGACUGGUCCUGGACUAUCACUGCACAUCCAUUGUUAUGCUCAAUGAUGUGGAUCCUGCACAGCUGUGUCCUCAGUACUGGCCAGAGAAUGGGGUACAUAGGCAUGGUCCUCUGCAGGUGGAAUUUGUAUCAGCUGAUCUUGAAGAGGACAUCAUCAGCAGAAUAUUCCGCAUUUACAACGCUGCUCGGCCCCAAGAUGGCUAUCGUAUGGUGCAACAGUUCCAGUUCUUAGGCUGGCCCAUGUACCGAGACACACCAAUGUCCAAACGCUCCUUCCUGAAACUCAUCCACCAAGUGGACAAAUGGCAAGAAGAAUAUGAUGGAGGAGAGGGACGCACUGUGGUGCACUGCCUAAAUGGAGGCGGACGCAGCGGAACGUUCUGUGCUAUCAGUAUUGUGAGUGAAAUGUUGCGACACCAGCGCUCGGUUGAUGUGUUUCAUGCUGUCAAAACUCUGCGGAACAACAAACCAAACAUGGUGGACUUACUGGAUCAGUACAAGUUCUGCUAUGAAGUUGCUUUGGAGUAUCUAAACUCAGGCUAGCUGUGCUAGCCAUCAGACAACAUGGACAUGCUUUUGGAUUAUUAUUUUUUAAACAGUGGAUGCUCAGUGUGUGUACAGCACUAGCAGUGCAGUGCAUGUGUGUGUGUGCGUGCGUGAGCGUGUGUGUGUGUGUUUGUGAGUACGUAUGUGGUCAGCUUGAAAUUCAACAAAUGUUCAUUUAUCUGACCAGGCUUUUUCAACUACAGGAAGAGUACAGUAUAAUGUUCAACCGUCUUCUAACUGAAGUGUGUGUUGUAAAUGAAGCCAGCUUAUGUUCUUCUCUCUUCCUUUGGCCUCUGUGCCCUUCGGUAUAAUUUUUCCGGCUUUUUGCGCAGGACCUUCCGUGUAUGUUGUUGUGAUGCUUUCCAUUUCUGACUGACGUGUGCCGAAUCGCUCGAUUGGACGCCAUCGGGGCAAGAAGCAACAAUGUCUAACGUUAUUUUAUCGUGUAAAUCAGUCGUAAUAGGCUAAAGAACAGAGUUUCACAUGCCGACCAUAGCGUCAUCGCAUAUUAUGUGCCAUGUUCAAAGGAUCCAAAGCUUUUUUUGGCACUUUGUUUUUGAUAUUGUUUGUUUAUAUUGUAAAUAUGAUCAGUGUAGUGUAUUAUUUAUUCACGCUGUGUAUUUCAGUGACAAUCGUGUACUGGGUUCAUUGGUUGAAUCACCCAGAAUGUAUUGUCAGCUUUGGUUCAUCUUGUUUGAAGAAAUAUUGUACAUGUUUAAAUAUAUACUGUAUGUAUCAUAGCAAAAGAAAAAAAAGACUCAAUGUUAUUAUUUAUCUCACAAUCUCUCUACAAAUCUGAUCUUUCUCUUGAAUCUUGUCUCAGCUUGUGUAUUUGUUGAGCAGAACAGGAAUCAGUGUGCUGGUGUGGUCUGGGAGCCAGUAUUAACACUUUCAGCAGAGAGACUGUAUAAUGUCUCAUGUGGAGCUGGUAAGGGAGAAAAGUUCAUGUAUGUUCAGUUCAUUCCUUUUUUGGGUUUUUUUUUUCAUUAAAAUGAGAAAAUGUUAUAUUUGAUCCCACUUGUUUACCCACACAAAAGUAUAAUCAUUCAUCUGAAAGAAAAAUGCCCCUGCGAUAGAUCUCAGCAUGAUCCGAGUUCACCCAGAAGUAGGUUAGAAGAACACCAUUCUAACUUUUCAUAAAAGAUUUGAGACAAAUGGGAUCAUGUGCAGAAAUACAUUUUGGGUCAUUCAAAUGUUCUUAAAUUCCAGCACCUGGAAAAAAUCCUGCUUUACUGUCAGCCUCAUGCUAUUUUUAAGAAGUGAUUUAUAUUAGCAGUAGAUCAGGCACUAAUGCUAAUCUGUAAUCUUCUUGCUAGAAGCUAACCAGUUAUUUCUGAUAGAUCCAGGUCAUUCAACAAUGCUCAUUUAUUUUAUCCCUGAUAAUUAAUUUAUUAUGAAGUGAUGAAAAAAACAAACAGGGAAAGUUUCCUUUGCAUAUACAGUGGGGUUCAGAUGUCUGAUUAAUUAUAUACAACGACUUGUGAAAUGUAAAAAUAUUCACACAUUCUUUAUAUUUUGUAUGUCCCAUUUUUGCUUUACUGACAUUCGAUUUGGCACAGACUCCGCAUGUUUGUGUUAAACCUGAUGAUUCAUGUUAAAUCAAAUCCAUCAGAGUGUCAGGAUAAGACUCAUUGAAAAUCUGACCUUUUGUACAGAGCAGGUAACGUGGUCUCGACUAUUUACCAUUCAAGUUUUUUUUAUUUCUAAAAUAAAAUGUUAAAAAAUAACAUUUUCAAUGGAAAUUCAGUCUUUUGGUAUGUAAAAUGUAAAACGAAGGAACGUAACGUACACAAACCCAGUAAAAACCCACAGACUGUAGAAUUAAAUGGUAAAUAUUGAAACAGAGACAAAUCAUGGCUUGUGUUUUGCCAGAGCUGUAGGUGGUGUAGGUGCACAGGGGUACUGCAGGACACGCUUGUGCGACUCUUUGGUAAGGACUUUCCUCCCACACCGUUAGAACGUUCUGUCUGUAUCAUAAGAACGAGUUUCACACACACACACACACACACACACACCACCUCUUCCAGAGUCAUCCAUCAAAUAAAAUGAUGCAGGGUUUUUUUUUUAUUGUUGCUUACAUUUAAGUACAAAUAUAUUUAAUAUAUGGUUGCAGUGGAACAGAAUAUAUUGCAGUAAAAGAAAAUACAAUUGUUUAACAUCUCAUACUGUUAUAUUGGCAUCACACAUCUGUGUUUUCUCAUUUACCCUGUAUGGACAAAAGUAUUGAGACACCUGACCUUUACAGCCAUAUGUGGUUCUUUCCUCAGCUGUUACCA